AUGUCUUCGUUUAAAACAAUACGAAACUUUUGUCGCGUGCUUUUUGAAGAAGGUUACAUUACCGAAUAUGAAUUGAUCAUAUUGUACAAGGCAUAUAAAUCAAGGAACCCAGAGCUUCCAUUUAAAAAUUAUGAGCUAUUUUUUUUAGAUAAUCUAAAAUGGAACCAUGAUCUUUUAAGCCCAGAAUAUCUACAGGUUUAUGCCAAUGCCAUCCAUGAAAAAGGAGCACCUUAUGAAAAUUGCUUUGGCUUUAUUGAUGGAACGGUCAGACCAAUUUCACGGCCAAAAAAACAUCAGCGAAUUGUUUACAAUGGCCAUAAAAAAGUUCACUCUUUGAAGUUCCAGGGUGUGGCAUUGCCAAAUGGUUUGAUUGCACAUAUUUUUGGUCCAGUUGAAGGAAAAAAACAUGAUGCUGGUAUGCUGGCUGACUCAAACUUCCUUCAAGACCUGGAACAAAAUGCUUUUUCUGUGGAUGGGAGACCAUUAUGCAUAUAUGGGGAUCCCGCUUAUCCACAGAGGAUUCAUCUACAAGCUCCUUUUCGGCAUGGGGUAAUCACAGACAGAAUGAAAGAAUUCAACAAGCAAAUGAGUUCAGUUAGAGUGUCUGUGGAAUGGUUAUUUGGAGAUGUGAUCAACUCAUUCCGGUUCAUGGUCUUCAAAAACCUCAAAAUAGGUCUAAGUAGUGUUGGGAAAGCAUAUAUUGUCUGUGCAUUGUUAAGACUUCUGUUUGCUGUGUAG